AUGUUGUCAGGAAAAGACAAAAGACUUAUAAAAGGAUGGUUUGAUGGACUUUUAACACCUGAUAAAACAGAUCCCUUCUUUAAGCUGUGUUUUAAGCCACAAAUGAAAGACCUUGAAUGCCCUGGAAUUUUCUUAGAGAAAGGGAAAAAUGAAUGGACACUUUUGGAUUCUGUGACUGGAAAGAUAAUAUACAUGAAAUGUGUUAAAGCUUUGAACAAAGUAAAAUUGAAAGAUAGGAAAGAUACUCCUUGGAGAGAUUAUUUUAAAGUUGGUUUUGAGGUGAAACCUGUAUGGGGAUUACUUUACAAGCCACCAUUGACUAAAAAUGUUGCGAAGCUUGCAACAUAUUUGAGUAGAAAAUUUAAAAUUAUCAAUGGACAGGAUAUUGAUUGUGUAACACUUUUGAAGAGUAUGCUGUUUCUUCUUAAAACGUCCGAAGUAGACCUGACAGGACUCCCACCCUUCUACAGCUCGGUGAUCAACGCCUGGCAGACACUGAAGGUCUCAAGAACUCCUGACCCUGGGCCAGGGAUGUGGGUCUUUGAGGAGCCACUUUUUAAUAAUGACUUCCUUAGGAAUGCCUCAUUGUCUUCCGUCACUCUGAGGACUAAAUUUGUUGAGGCCGGCAUGACCAAACUGGGCCACCUGGUGAAUAAGUCCAUGGACACACUUGGUGAUGUCAUAAAUGUCAGAUCCUCAAGACUGGUGAGUAGGAUUGUGGAGGAAGUCUGGCAGUCCCUGUCUGGGCCCCUGAGAGACUUUGCCGGG